UAUAAAAAAACCCUUUAUUUAUUCAGCAUUUUUCACUCGUUAUCUUCUUUUUUUUUUUUAGUUGAUUAUGAAAGAUACUUUACCUCCUGUUGGACAUGCUGCUGCUGGUUCAGCUGGUGCCAUGUUUGCCUUGUCAUUGAUAUACCCACUUGACAUUAUCAAGACAAGAAUCCAAGUACAGACAAAGAAUGAAUCAGAACACUAUGCAUCUGCUUUGGACGGCAUUAAACAGAUCAUUGAAAAAGAAGGCAUUUCAGGACUCUAUGCCGGUCUCGGUUCUUCAUUGAUCGGAACAGCAUCGACCAAUUUCACUUAUUUCUAUUGCUACAGUUUCCUCCGAGAGAACUACAAUAAGCGAUACAAUCCUCGCGGGGGUACUCUUUCCACUGCUCUAGAACUUGUGUUGGGUGCAGCAGCAGGUGCCUUAACAACAUUGAUUACUACGCCUGUGUCUGUGAUCACCACACGUCAACAGACACUACCACCUUCUGAACGACAAGGUGUCAUGGAUACUUGCAAAACUAUCAUUCAAGAAGAAGGCAUUCAAGGACUAUGGCGAGGUAUUCAACCUUCUCUUGUGUUAUGUGUCAAUCCUGCUAUUACUUAUGGUAGUUUUGAAAAGAUCAAGCAAAUUGUUGUCCAAGUACUCAAGUUGCCCUUGACACCCGGUAUGAAUUUCUUAGUGGGUGCGCUCUCAAAGACAUUAGCUACCAUUAUCACAUACCCUUACAUUAUGGCUAAAGUACGUCUUCAAUGGAGACCCUCCAAGGAAAUGAAGGAUAAAGUGGUUGCUUACAAAGGAUCUGUGGAUGUCUUGACUCGUGUGCUCAAGACAGAAGGAUUCUUGGGUUGGUAUAAGGGUAUGAGUACACAAAUCACAAAGGCUGUCUUGUCUCAAGCCUUGUUGUUUAUGAUGAAGGAUAUCUUUACCAACUAUACGAUGAUUGCUUAUGCGCUUAUCAAAGCAUCCCAAAAAGCAAAGUCAGCUUAGAUUUUUUAUUUUUUUUUGAUAGAAUUAAAAAUUGUUCUUGUAUGUUCAUUGUUUGAUUGUUUCUAUGGCCUCAUGUACUACAAGAAACUAAUAUGACAAAAUCCUAUCAUAUUGAAUUCAGCAAAGUAGACCUUAGUAUAUUUCAACAAGAUCCUUUUAUAUUUGACUUCCAUAGGACGGGUGCUAUACGUUUAUCCAGUUGUGACACAUUAACACCCGUCUUAAACACUUUUAGGUUUGUUCUGCUCAAUCAUACAUUGCAUAUCUAUGAUCCAGAAAGU